AUGAAUUUCGAAAGCUCUUGCCAAUGUUCAAUAGAGGCGUUGAAGAUUCUGUCGGAACUUCAGAAUGUGCAUGCCGUUGUCAACGUUGAAACCAUCCUCGACUUGAUCCAUCGAGUCUGCGCUCAAGGAAACAGCAUGGUUCAAUGUAAAGAUUGCACCAAGACUCCGCAAUCGUCCAUUGUGGCUCUUCCUGCUCUGUCAGAAAAAUGUUUACCACUUCUCGAGGCGCUGUGUUCUGCAUACGACAUCUCCACUCAACCCGGUUUCUUCGACUCGGCUAUGCUUGCCUUUGAGCAGCCACCAUCACCGUUCAUCUGCAUUCGCAGUAAAGUCAUUAUGGGGAAGACGGAGCUUGACGAGGGCGAGUCCCGACUACUGGUUCGGACAGUGCUAGGACGAAGUUUGAUGAGGCUGGUGCAGCUGAUGGAAGGGUUGAAGGGGAUAUUUUUGGUCAUGUCUAAAAGCUCUCAGAUGUCUCACAACAGUACCUCCACCUUGCGUGCGUGUGAAUUGUCUGUGGAAACUACUAUCAGCCGAUUGGCGGUGUUGAUGCAAAUACUCGAGGGCGAUGGCGAUCAUGUACCGCUAUUAAAUUAA